AUGCGCAGACGCCUUCGGGGAAUCUCUCCGAAAUCACCCCACGAAGCAGACUUGCCACACUUGGAGCUGGACGAGAGAGGGAUAUUAAGUUGGUUCUGCGCUCCUAUAAGACCGUGGAUUGACACUGACGAAAGCACUUCAAUGGGGAGCAUUCCCAGUGCCCCCCCAAAUUUGAAUUAUUCAAAGAGCUGUAGAAACACAUCGCAUCCUUUUUUGCAAGUCGUGCCCCAUUCAGGCGAUGUUUCUGUCUCAGUCUCUGUCGACGAUGGGCAACUCACCUUUUGCGAGGCUGCACAUGUUAAGGAUUCCAACAACACGCGUGCGCUGAGGAAGACUGAUGUUUCAUCUAUAUCCAACGUUCAGCGGUUCCGGUCGCCGACGGAGAACGUGAUUUCACCACAGAGUGGACCGCGAACUGCGACAGAAGGUGUUCUGACAAACACCAACGGAACAUAUAUGCACGCGGAAAAAUCUCCACAGAGCUUCAGUCCUGCUGAUACAAACAGAGUCUCGUGCCGUCUCGCAGACCUUUUCUGGUGGCAUUGCGGAGUUACUUCGUUGAGUGGGGAAGAGUCAUUCCAUGAGUUUUGCUGCGGUACGGAGGAGGAGAGUGAACGGCACAAGCGUUCCGAUGAAUGGAAAUCAACGACGCUUACAAAGACGUCCUCGGCCAGCUACGUUUUCGUGGAUAGUACGAACAAACCUGACCAGGGUGUCCUGCCGAUCGAUCGGCUUUCGAAGCAAGCGAUCAAGUGCAAGCCACCGUCGACCCUCUCGCUUGAGAGUGUUCGAGCCUCCGCGACGCCUGUCAGGAAGGAGUGUUCAGAUCCAAUAGACGAAGAGAGCAAUAUCUUCCCCUUGUGUGCCUCGUGUAGCGGAGCCACGAAGGUUAAACUCGAGAUUCUUCGCGCACCAUCAAUCGGUCAGGUGCUCAAAUGGUAUCUCAAGGCCUCCAGUAGAAUCGCCAACGGUCGCGUUCGUCUGUGUCGCUGCACCGGCGUUAAGCACGGCCACGGUCAAGUCGACCUGCUGAAUUAUCCCACCCUGGGUGAUUGGCAAAUGAGCCUUCUACGAGAGCUUUCGGACUGGCAAGACGUCUCCCUAGCCUCUGAGGGGACUGAAUACUUUGCGAACACACAUGCAGAAUACGGUGAAGCUGACGCCGAUGUCAUAUCACUGCCGAUGGGAGCAUCAUCUGCGAAUUCCAAACAGAAGCCAGAAUGCUCUGUUUUUGCGCGUGAGCCGCCCGUAAGACUUCCUGCCUGUGGUCACGUUGUCAGUGAGGAAGCUUUCCACAGCUGCGUUAAAGAGGCCAUGAAGGAAAAAACAAACAUGGUAUUUAGCAGUGGAGCACAGUGGCGAGUACAGUGCCCUUUGUGUACAUGUAGGCAACUGGUAGGAGCGCCUCUUCUGAGCAGGCUUUACAUGUCCUAA